AUGGACUGGUUUUCCUGGCUCUCUCGAACCAAUCUUCAUCCUUCCCUCACUUACGACUAUGGCGUGACAUUCGCCCGCAACGAGCUUGAGCCCGGAGAUGCCGUCUUCUUCGACCACGAGUUCCUCCAGAGCAUGGGAAUCUCCGUCGCCAAGCACAGGCUGGAGAUCCUCAAGCUUGCCAAGAAGGACAAUGGAGCCAACAAGAAGCUCUCUCAGGUGGUCAAGAAGUGUUGGAGGAAAUGUGUGAAGAAGCUCGUUGUGUCUCGUGAUGAGGCCGGGAAGGAGAUUCCUUGUGAGACCAAUUGGCUGGUCCAAAGGAGAGGGUCGCUGAAGGAGGAAAAGCCCAAACCCAUGGGUACACCCUACAGAACCAGAAGCCUGGAAUUUUCUGGGCCUCUUGAUGGACGAGUGCAUGAGAAGGUAAUUACCAAUAACAAGGUGUUGAAGUUAUCUGGCCCUCUUGAUGGGAGGAUGAUUCACCCCAGUCGAAGCCCGAUGGUGCCCAGGCCCGUGGAUCAUGGGAGGUUGAUGGGCUCAGCAAUGAGCCCAAGGUUAUCAGGGCUUCCAUUGCCAGGCAGUAGGAGUCCGAGGCCUAAUUGGGCUGCGGAUGUAGUGACUGAUAGCCCAAUGGGCUUCAGUCCAUGUUAUCAAAAGAAAAAUGCAAAAUCUGAGCAGGAUUAUGAUGAUGAUGAAAACACACCAGUGGCUCACAAUGUUUCAAGAUCUGAAACCAACUUGAAUUUUUUUCCUGUGUUGUGGUUUCGGCACUAA